UGUAGAUGACAAUAGAAACAGUGAUACAUUUGGAAGAGCUCAGGCCAGAAAGUGCUGAGGGCAGUGACGCUCUGUAUCCUGCGAGGAGACUGGGAUACUGCCGCAUCCCAAUGAACCUUGCCUCUCUCUCUGCGGUCGCUAAUAGCAAAACAAAGGAGAACAAAUCGUUAGUUGCAGAAAAAAACGAAUAUCUAGUCAUAUCAUGACGGAGAACACUAAAACGCACGUUAUAUUGCUGUCAUGUGGAAGUUUUAACCCCAUCACUAAAGGACACAUUCAUAUGUUUGAGAAAGCCAAAGAAUACCUGCACAAAACAGGGAAGUUCAUUGUGAUUGGGGGCAUCAUCUCUCCUGUACAUGACUCCUAUGGCAAACCGGGUCUGGUCCCCAGCAGACAUCGUCUCACCAUGUGUCAACUGGCAGUCCAGUCCUCUGACUGGAUCAGAGUGGAUCCCUGGGAGUGCUACCAGGACACAUGGCAGACUACGUGCAGCGUGCUGGAGCAUCAUCGUGACCUCAUGAAGAGAGUCACAGGGUGUAUUCUAUCCAAUGUGAACACACCGUCCACAACUCCAGUGAUCGGCCAACCACAGAAUAAGACUCAGACUGCCAUCUAUCAGAACCACAACACAGUGAACAACAAGCCCACUGCCAUUAAGCUGUGGGGGAAGAUGAGUGAGAGCUUGGGUAAAAUUUGCUGUGUUCGCCCACACAUGGACCGUUUCACCUUUGUAGAUGAAAAUGCCAACCUUGGUACUGCAAUGCGAUAUGAGGAAAUUGAGUUGCGCAUCUUGCUCCUAUGUGGCAGUGAUCUUCUGGAGUCAUUCUGCAUCCCUGGCCUAUGGAAAGACAGUGAUAUGGAGGUGAUUGUGGGAGACUUUGGGAUUGUUGUUGUGCCUCGGGACGGAGUUGAUACAGAAAGGAUAAUGAACCAUUCCUCUGUGCUGCGCAAGUACAAGGAUAACAUCACUGUCGUAAAAGAUGAUGCCAACCACCCUAUGUCCAUUGUCAGUUCAACCAAGAGCAGACUGGCCCUGCAGCAUGGUGACGGCCAUGUAGUGGACUACCUGAACCAGCCAGUCAUCGACUACAUCCUGCAGAGUCAGCUCUACAUCAAUGCUUCUGGAUAGGAAUUACUGCUUUGGCCUGCUGGCAUAUUGUCCCUGUCUGUCUUUCAUGUGAAACGUAUACUCCUCUUGAGCUACUGCUUUUCCAUUUAAAGAUAUCCAUAUCCCUUCUUACUGUAUCAUGGUGACUCAUCUGACCUGUGGAUGUACAGCGAGGUGCCUGAGAGCUGUGUGUAUGUGUGGACCACCUUCACAACUGACUUUGUGUAGGCUGCGCCGGCCGGGCGGGAUAGAGAGGGGGGAUGGAGUUUUUGGGACAUGUCCCAAAUAGCAUAACUUUCCUUAUUGCGCACUACAUUUGACCCGGUCAACAAUAGUGCACUUUAUAGGGAAUAGGGUGUAAUUUGGGAUGCUACCUUGGUGUCAUUAAGAGAGGGUGCAGAGAUGGUAACCUAUUGAAUUUGGGCCUUUGCUGUUGAUUUAAAAUCUGUAUGUUUUUAGACUGCAUGCUUAGAAUGUUUCUGUUUUGGCAUGAGUACUUACUCACUUUGUAGAUAGAUGUUGUGAAAGUGUUUGCAGAAAAACAAACAUAUAGUGGGUACCCACCUCUCACUUCAUUUUCUGUUCACUCCAAGUCUACUUUAUGUACAGUAUCUGUAUUAAUGUACCUGCGACUGCGCAUCAAUGCCUAAAUGUUUGGUUUUCAGUGGGCAUUGAUGCAAGAUGUACAUCUGUUUGCACAUAAGAGAAUGAUUUGAACGUUCAUUUAUUUUUGUGUGCAAAGGAUUUUUACACGUUUCUUCUGCUUGCCACCGAGAACAUGACCACGCCUCCAAAAAACAAAUGCAAUGAACCUGUUUCUUACUGUGUAGCUAGAUUCUUUUACAUAUAGAGGAAAAAACAACAGCACAAAGUAUAGAAGUGCAUUUCAUGUGCCCUGGGGAUGAGUUCACAUAUGUGCCCUGGGGAUGAGUUCACAUAUGUGCCCUGGGGAUGAGUUCACAUAUGCAAGUCUCUCACUCUCCUUGCACAUAACACUCUGUCAUAAUAACAUCAAUCUGAAAUAAAUGUGUUCUAAUGUUGUACUGCAAAGGACGUGGCCUUUGAUCAGUAGUUUCUUACUGAAACUCCUCAUGGUCAGGGCCAAGACGCUUUUGACAGGGUAUUUUAAUGAGCAUUGUAUGUAACCAUUGCUUUAGACAGUCUUACUGCAAGGAAGGGUAAAUAGAUUUGCACAUUUUGGUUUAAUAAGUGUCUUUAAUUGUGACCAAAGCAUCUUGCAUACGUAUUUACAGUAGCUUUAUGUGUGUCCAUUUGGCGAAGAUUAUUAGGUUAUUCCAUUUUAAUAGCCGAUGAAGCAGAAGUAAAAUGCAUUCCACUAUUUCCGGGGAUCUCCUGGUUCAUGAUUUUAAAGAAAUAGACAUACAAGUGCUAGUUGUCCAUGUAGUAAUCUCGUUCUCCAGCCUUGUGGAGAACAUAGAAGUCUGACAUGACGCAAGACUAUCAAUAGACAAUUUUCAAGUCGUGUCGAAAGUCAUAUUUAAUUGGAUCUGGAAUGGCCAGAAAACAUUAAAACGGGCAUAUUUAUAAAACAAACAUGAGUUGGAGGGUUAAAAUUAUUUAAUAUUAAGGCAUUAAACCUCUCACUUAAAGACUCCAUUAUAUCAAAAUUAUAUCUAUAUCCAAAAUGGUUUUUGAGUAGGCUACUAAGAGAGGCACAUCCAAUGUUCAAAAGCGGGCUCUUUGCCAUUAAAACAAACAAUUUGACAAUCAAAUCAAAUGUUAUUGGUCACAUACACAUGGUUAGCAGAUGUUAAUGCGAGUGUAGCGAAAUGCUUGUAAAUGGAACCCUGUUUAAAGCCAUACAGAAUUGGUUACAAUUCCAAUUUCCUCCUCCAGAAGAGGCGUAACAAAUAUUACAGAAAAUAAUAUGGCUAAACUCCAAUGUACUGAUAGAGGAAAGGAACAUUGUUUUUGAGAGAAUGUACAAGGAAGGUAUCGUGUUUAUGAAUGACAUUGUAAAUAAGGACAGUCAAAUGUUGUCACACAAGCAAUUAACAAAGGUCUAUGGAGAUGUGGGCGCAAUAUAAAAGUAUAACCAAAUUGCAGCUCACACAUAAAAAAUGGAUGGAGCAAUUACUCAUAAGAGAAAAUGAUACAUUAGUUUGUUUGCCGCCAAUCAAAAACCAUGCAUGGCUUAAAAUGACUAGUGUAAAUCGUAAAAUGUAUAUCCGUUUUAUUUAAGCUUGAGAGGUUUGACAACUAUACCGCAUAGAAUUCAAGAUAGUUGGGAACAGAUUGUUGAUGUUUCAAUAUCACGGCAUCGGGUUUAUGAACUGAUAUAUAAAACAACACUUGACACAAUGUGUUCUUUUCCAUUUAAACUAUUAUAUACAAUUCUUGGCACAAAAAUAAUGUUCACUAUAAGGGGCAUUGAACAGUCAGCCUUGUGCAGACUGCAACCAAGAAAUAGAAUCAAUAGAUCAUUUAUUUUUGCGCUGUGCUUCGCUGGCUCGCUUUUGGAGUCAGGUCCAGGAGUGGUUGCUGAGUCAUAAUGUCUGUGUUCAGAUGGACCUACAAACAGUACUGUUCGGAGAUCUGAUAGACCACAAUCAAUCAAUGGGAAAUAUGAUUAUAUGCUUAGCUGAAGUAUUUAAUUUGAGGGCCAUCGUGGUAGAAAUGGUACAAAUAGAGAGGUUCAAGACUCUUAGUAAGACAUCACAGUAAAAUAGAAGGAUGUAUUGCAAAAGGAAAUAGUCAAAUGGUAGUGUGCCGGGAAAGACGGGCUAGUCUGUGGACAUCUGAGGGGUGGAAUGGAGAUCAGAAGGACUGGUUGAUUUGAGAAUGAACUUAGAGUCCAGUACAAACAGCAGGAGGCUAUAGAAAGGAUGCAAGUAAUGUUAUUUUAUAGACUAAUCUAUCUGCUAGUUUCAUAGAUGAUUACAAAACAUACUAUCAGUAGUACACUGUGUAAGAUGCUCCAGACUCACAACACUGCUUCUUUAUGUGUGCUCCAAAUGUAAUACUUCAUGUACAAACUGAACUGGGUCCCAAUAUCCCUUCAAGUCGAUGGUCUUUAUUCAUGCAUCCCUUGAGUCUUUCUAUCAAACAUCUCAGCAGGGUACGCCUUACAUACACAACAUCAGUUACUUUGUGUUCUUCAAAGACUGGUUUAGAUAAACUAGAUGUGGUGGGAAAUCUGAUAUGAAAAAUAAGCAUUGUAGUGGUCCAAGUUAAUAUGGACCGAUUUUACUAUACUAUAGUCUCAGAGAAGGUUUCAUAGAACCUGCGGCUUUAAUUCGAGCUGAGUGGGUUUAGAUGACUUAUAGAUAGAGAUGUUUGAUUUUAUUCUGUCCAUUGAUUUAUUUGGAUAGGAGUCCUGAAAAUGAUUUUUGGGGGAAUCCUAUGUAAUAUGUGCUGGGUUAGAAAUUAUUUGUAUUUUCUCGUCUUCAACUGUGGACUGACACAAUAUAACAUCUACUCUGAGUUUAUUAAUACCUCCUUAAUAAACCAAGUGUGUAACAAUA